AUGCCUAAAUUAAAUGAGAAAUUUGAAACAUUAGAGCCUUUAAAAAUGCAGCUAAGUCAGCUGCUAAAACUCAUAGAUUUGCUUUUUCAAGAAAAGACAGAUAGAAAAUGGUGCAAUAACUGGAAUAUAACUAAAGAAACCAAAAAAAUAAAAAAAACCACCAAACAUGAUAGAUGUCCUGUAUAUAUUAGAGCUAUUGCAAAAUAUUGCUCAAUAAUAAAUUUAAGUAAUAAACCAAUAUGGAUUGUUACAAGAGUCACACUUAAGCAUAAUCAUUCUAUGCUUAAAGCUGAUAAAAUUACAACAUUUCCUCAAUAUCAUGUUAUGAAUUUAGCUCAAAAAACUGCUAACAAAAUUAACAAUAGUGAAAUUAUUCAUUCAAAGAAUGUUAUAAAUAAACAUGCUUGUAUUAGAAUUGCUUUGAAUGAGAGUUCUAAUGAUAAUUCUACUCAAAAACUCUUGAAACUUCUUAAAGAACAUGAUUAUAUUAUUGUAUCUUUAAAAACAAUAAAGAAUACUUAA